GUUGCAAAACUAACAGGUGCAUCAAGCAUUUGUUUUAACAUUUCGGUUGUAAUAGGUCGGAGGCUGUGUGGUUAAUCCUUUUUGGCUGGAUUUUUGGCUAUAUACGGCCGCCUUAUUCCUGUCUUUCGGAUGAUGUAUCUUUUGUGGUGUGCGCUUCUGUUGUCUGUGGUUUGUGGCACUACGGUGCACUUCUCGGAGCAUUUUGACGACGAAGCUUCUCUAGACAAAUGGGUGCAGUCGACUCAUCACCCGCAGGAAACUAGAGGCUCAUGGUCUAUAUCCUCCAGCAAGUCAUGGAAGAAUAUCUCGAAUCUUGGGCUGAAAACCAACAAUGAUAGUAGAUUGUAUGCGAUCUCUAGGAAGUUCGACAAAUCCUUCUCCAAUGAAGGAGGUACGUUAGUUGCUCAGUUUUCCGUCAAGUUUGAGCAGCAAAUGUCUUGCGGGGGCUCAUACCUAAAGCUGCUCAACUCCAAAGUUGAUCCCAACCAAUUUUAUGGAGACAGUCCAUACCUCUUCAUGUUCGGCCCUGAUAUGUGUGGAUACUCCACGAAGAAGGUUCAUGCGAUUUUCAAUUAUAAGGGUCGAAAUCAUUUGAUUAAAAAAGAAGUCCGUUGCAAAGACGACCUUCUGUCCCAUCUUUACACGUUUAUCUUGACCCCUGACAAUAAGUACAGCAUCUUGAUUGACAAUGAGAAGGUGGAAGAAGGAAGCUUAGAAGACGAUUGGGACAUGUUACCGCCUAGAAAAAUAGAUGACCCGAAUGCCAAAAAGCCAGAAGAUUGGGUCGAUACGGAGCAAAUAGAUGAUCCGGAAGAUAAAAAACCCGAAGACUGGGAUCAACCAGAGCAGAUACCUGACACCAGCGCCACUCAACCCGAAGAUUGGGAUACCGAACUUGAUGGUGAAUGGUCCCCGCCAAUGAUCGCGAAUCCGGAUUACAAAGGCGAAUGGAAACCAAGAAAGAUUGAUAAUCCUCUGUAUAAGGGACCAUGGAUUGCUCCUCAAAUUGACAACCCGUCAUUCCAGCCAGACGAUAAGCUGUACGUCAUGGAAGAUAUAUCUCAACUAGGUUUGGAUUUGUGGCAAGUUUCUUCAGGAUCGAUAUUUGACGACUUCCUGUUAACUAAUGAUCCAGAGUUCGCACGUUCCGAAGGUGAACGUCUUUGGCGGCCACGCUUCAAUGUGGAGUCGGAGUAUGAAAAACAUAAGGAGUCAGAAGACUUAAAGGAAGCUGAAGAUAAAUCCGAUGACACCGAUGAUGAAGACAAAUUGGAGUCUACAGAAGAUUUGGAGAAACCUGAUUCAUCUGGUGCAGAUAAAGCUGAUGAACAUACCGCAGAACCGCCCGAAGAUGCGAACAAAGUCGAGUCCGAUACGCACGAAGAACUGUAAUCAUACGCCAAGUAUUUGUUGGAUCUUUUCUCUCCGUAUUAUGUACAUUAUUUAACACAUUAAACAGUUACUUAUGGUGCGGUGUAUCAGUCCCUUUAUGAUUCUAGGUUCGGUUUGUUUUUGAAAACGGGAUUUUCCCUCCAACCGUUUCCUUCCUUUGUAGUGGAAUAUUUAUCCAUUUUGCCAGUGAGAAGCCUAA